GAGCGGAAAUUUAGGGUCAGGAUUCCGCUGACCCGCUGAUAUAACAUAUGUUUUUUAUAAUUCGGGAUGAAAAAAGCCCAACACCACUGUGGUCGAGUGUGGCAUGGGGACAUAACAGUUUCGGAGUUAUAAGUUAACAGUGGGAUGUGAUCGUAGAUAUCUACACCUUUUCGGACAGUUGAAUGUGAAGUGUUGCAAUUUGAAGUUAGUUUGAUUUCAUUUUUUUUUUGUCGACAGUGUGUUGUGGGCCAACCGCUCCACUAUUACACUUAUAGCCCACCUGUGGAGACAGAUCAUUCCAGCUUUUCCUAUUUUCAAAGGUUUGAGACGGUGUAUUCAAGAAAAGAAAUGUCAGGCCACAGUAUGAUGCUCCAUUCUCCUAGCAGUUCACAGAGCGACAGUGAUAAUUCAGAGUCCAGCAUUGAUAUCUCCAGGAGUCGACUGAAACCUGAACAGAGGGACAAAAUGAAAUGCUGUUGGAAGAUGUGUGGUGUUGAAUUUGACACAUUGGAACUUUUGGCGAACCAUGUUACCAGACAGCAUGCAGCAAGUGGUCCAGGAGGUCUCUUUUAUUGUGGCUGGGAAGGUUGCACAAGAAAUCAGAGAGGGUUCAAUGCAAGAUACAAAAUGCUGGUUCACGUACGCACCCAUACAAAUGAAAAACCCCACAAGUGCCAUCAAUGUGAUAAAUCAUUCUCUCGAGCGGAAAACCUUAAAAUCCACUCUCGUUCUCAUAGUGGUGAAAAACCCUACGUCUGCACGGUGCCUGGUUGUGGCAAGGCCUACUCCAACUCCAGCGAUCGUUUCAAGCACUCCAGAACACACCAGGUGGAGAAACCCUAUUGUUGCAAAGUUCCCGGUUGUCCAAAACGCUACACUGAUCCUAGCAGCCUUAGAAAACACGUGAAGACGUACAAACAUUUCGUGAAUGAAAAUAACAUUAACAAUUCCAACUCCGAAUAUACGAUAUUGAACGAAGACCACGUCAGAGAUCACCGGUCGUCAUUUUGUGAAAGGAUUGGAAACAACGAGCCAAGAGAGCCAUGCAACUGUCCCCAUUUUUGCUCGAACAACAGACUGAGCCAAGAGACUGAUUAUUUGGAUAGAGAGUCCUACGAGGUCCAAGAAAAUGUGAUAAAUUUGUCGUGGAAAAGAAUUGACGAAGCGAAAGAGGUUUUCAAGGAAGAGAAGUUGCAUCAGCAUUUCAUGGACAUUGACAUGCCCUUAGAUUUAAGUAUACAUAGGUUUAACGUUUGAUAUUUGAGAUAUGUAAUAUUUAUUAUAUUUAUUUAUUGUUUUAUUAAAUCUAUUUGUGUUGAAA